UAGAAUGUGUGCUUUACAGAUUUAUUCACCAUAGCAACAUGCCAAGAGCCGUUAAUCUCUUUUAAGCGUAUUGGAAAGUUCACAUCUGGCCGUAUUAAUCUCUCAUAACGAUAAAGUAGAUCAGAACACGCUAGGUGGAUGUCGAGACCAAAGAAGAAUUUUACCUAAAAGUGGCUGUGCAAAAGGUGCUUUGAUAGAGUUCCUUGGGGAGAUAAACAUUUACCAAUACUCUAGACUAAAAUCAUUCAAAACAUUUUGAUUACUCUCAGACACUUGCUUGCAUCACCUGCAAAGACCAUUUGACUCCGAUUUCUGUUAUUUUCAUCGCUAAGACCAAUAAUUUUCAUAUCAGAUCUAAAACAACAGAAAUAUAUUUUAAAAGCAGAGACAGUCAAUUUCUAUUUGAAUUUUCGUAAAUUUCUGACUGCUCCGAGAAUAAAGGAUUUUGUUUUUGUAAAGGGUUUCACAAAAACAGCCGAAAAUGUCUGUUAUGUACGUUUUCCUCACACAGAUGGGGAAUUAUACGGUACCUGAGUAUCAUCAACCAAUGAUGGAAAAGGCUACAGUUGCUUCCAUAGGGUGCUCCUUUGCAGGAACGAUGUUGAUCCAUUUUACAUGGGUCUAUCUAGGUUUGGGUUCUGACAAUUUUUUCAUUUCUGGCAAUUUAGCAACCAUAGUGACAACGGCGCAAGCGGGUUUGAUGGGUUUAGAAAAUACAUACCCAGACAAGGGCUUCUGUAUAGCUGCAACUGUGGCAAUAGUGUUUCUGUUCACAUCAGCAUAUAGUUGGAUGUUUCUUUUUGCCUGUUGGAAAUUAGCAGAUUGUACAAUAGGUAUCCAUGGAAGUAAACAUUUUCGGCGUAUUAUGUAUGUUAUAGUGGGGUAUGGCAUACCUUGGGCUGGUAUUAUCCCAAUUCUCUUGUAUUAUCCUGAUAAUCUCAUUAAUGGAAAAAUAUGUUGGCUUACAGAAUGGACGCAAUGGAUUUUCAUGGGACCUGUCUAUUGUAUACUUGGUUUUAAUCAAUUGGUGCUGCUAUUAUCUCUGUGGAAUCGAUGGAAGAAAGAUUGUGAGAAAGAGGAAAGAAAAUCAUUAAAACACAAACUAACGAAUCUUGUUGUCACAUUCUUUGGUGAAAUGCAUCUUUUCGGAACUACUUGGUUGUUUGGUUUGAUUCCACUCACUGGAUAUAGCACACUUCCUUUCGGUUGGGCUUUUAUCCUUCUUGCAGGACCACAGAACUUUUACAUGUUCUUCCUUUACUAUUGCACUCACAAGGACGUUUUGGCAUUACUGGCUUCUCAUUAUGAAGACACAGUCGAAGCCACUUUGGAAGAGAUCAAAAAGAAGAAAGCACAGAGAGGAGGUCGAAGCUCAGAUACAGAAGAAGGUUCUGAUUAAAUGACAGUAAAUCUCAUAGAUUUGUACUUUAUUAGCCAAAGAGGAGAGUAAGAACAAAAAUAAUGGAAACUAAUGUGAUGUGUCAUAUUACCAUACUGAGUUAUAACAACUAUUUCCCCAAGAAUCUAAAAGAAAUGAGGGAAAGAAAAAGAAUAAACCAAACUAUUUUUGAUUCCAACAAUAUUAAAUGCAGCAUUUAAAGUCUGUUUUAAAUGCAUUUUAUUGUCUUGUAUCUGAAUGAGAGUGGCCUAGAAAUUAAUUUUUAAAAAAAGUGUUAAAUGUAACUAAUCACACUCUGGAAAGAAAUUUUAAUGUUUGAUUAGUAUUAUCAGAAUGAAAAAAGAAAAAAAAAAUUAAAUGUUUCAAUAAAUUUUUGUCCCACCUACUCCCACCUCCACUCUCUCACUAAUCAUCUAAUUUUCAAAUUAUGACUUUCGGCAGCUUAAAGGCAAGAAAUUGUCAUUCAAAACUCAUUUCAUGUAACAUACACAUAUAAACACUUUAAGUGCAGCUCCACUUAAAAAUAUUUAUAUGUGCUGGUGCAGUUGUAUUCAUAAAUACAUACAUGGAGUAUAGCAGCAUAUGUUUUAAGGAAUAGUUUUUGCUGAUCUAAUCAUCUGAAAGAACAAACAUCUUUAUCCGAAACAGGCGGGAACAUAUUUUUUGUAAAGAAUGUUGUCAAAUUACAAAGUAAAGUAUUUGUAAAAAGAUUGAGCCAGAUAGAAUGAGGAUCCUAAAAAGACACUUCUAAAUGUCUGUUUGUUAAAUAAGCUUCUAAUAAAACUGGAGCAGAUAAAAAUAAAAAUAAAAAUAAAAAUAAAAUCACUUCAACAUUGUAA